GUGCAUAGGUUCUAAAUGAAACAGCUGUGUAGGCUAGCUCCUCUGGAGUUGUUUAGACCUGAUAUGUAAAUCCCAUGGUUGCCGUCAGAAUAUUCUAAAUAUGUCACAUCUAUAUUGAAAACAUAAACUAGAACUGAAAUAAUAUUAACAGAAGGGAAGUAAUCCUUUAAUUAUUCCAUUGCCAAUUUCAAAUGCAGUCCGCGAAAUCUUAGAAAUGAGUGCAUUUAAUAGGCUAAAAGAAAAACAGAAGCGCUUGAGCAUUUCACACGGCAGACAAUUUCAAUUUAGACAGUUACAUGUUGGAUUUCUAUGGUGUAAUAACCGGAAAAACUUUAAUGACGUCAGACAAAACCGGAAAGGUUAUGGACCUGUCGAAACUGAAACUCCUAGAACUGACGGCUGGAGUAAUUACACUGGCAAAUGGGUAUGGAAUUGAAAUAGCUUUGGAAGUAAGCGAGACAUGAAACAACAUUAAGGAAAUCUAGAGAAUAACGUAAACCCCUGCUUAAUAAUAACGUACGACUAGGUGGCGGAUAAAUAGCAGAUUUAGGCCUGAAUUGUAAUCGUCUCUAGCUAGCUAGUGAGCUAACAAAUAGUUAAGUUGACGUUGUAACAGCUAGCAAGCCAGCAUGCUAAUGAGAGCAAAGAAUACUUUAUAAGUUAGUGCACUGUCGGUACAAGUAAGGAAUGUCAGCUAAAUUUCUUUAAAAGCAAGAAAGUCGUCAGACAGUUAGACGUGUGAGGAAAAACAGCAGUUACCCGAGAGAUUAAGGUUUAUAGCUAACAUUAUUGCUAUUACCUUGCUGGAGUAAAGCACCUUGGACCAGUUGAAAACAUAGCUAGCUAACCUUACUUGUGUUGACGGUAAAUAAUCAAAGUGACGUCGAGUAUUAAGAGCAUUAACGUUAGCUAAUUUGCCAAACAAACGAUUUAAUUGCAUGCAACUAAGUGAGUACGGAUGUCGAGAACUGAACUGCCGAGUGUCAGCUAUUGAGCCAACCAGAAAAACACGACUGAGAUCAGCUUGCAAACUAUUUAACGUUAGAUACAUGUGGUUUGUUAGCUAAACUAUAGUAAAAAUAGUGGGGAGUAACUAGUUCGCGUGUUUGUAGUUCGCUUGCUACUCUUGUUAGUUAAUUUCGUUUUGGGCUGCUCGAUCUUCUCCGGUUUUGCAAUGCCGCUGAUGUUCUUGGAGAGGUUUCCGUGGCCCAGUUUGCAGACCUACACGGCUCUGAGCGCUGUCUUGCUCGUCGGGAGUGUUCUGAGCGUCUAUACCACUGUGACUGAACCGAGUUUCGCCACGGAGACAGACGAGUCCGUAGAAACCCACGAUGAAGAAGCGGAAUCUCAAUUUUUCGACCUCGGUAAUGGAGUGGCCACCAAGGUGCUCCAGCACCUCGUGUCUGACAACUUCUACGUUUGGGUGCUGGUGAAUACAGCUUGUUGUUGCCUGAUGCUAAUUGCUAAGACGAUCCAGUGCAUUGUGUUUGGACCCCUUAGAGUCAGCGAAAAACAGCACCUGAAGGACAAGUUCUGGAACUUCAUCUUCUACAAGUUCAUAUUCAUCUUCGGGGUACUGAACGUGCAGACCGUGGGCGAGGUGGUCACGUGGUGCCUGUGGUUCUCCGUGCUCGUCUUCCUGCACCUCAUGGUCCAGCUCUGCAAGGACCGCUUUGAAUAUCUCUCCUUCUCCCCCACCACGCCGAUGAGCAGCCACGUGCGCGUGCUGUCCCUGCUGGUGUCCAUGCUGCUGUGCUGCUGCGGCCUGGCGCUGGUCUGCGGGAUGGCGGGCCGGCCGCACGGGAUGCACACCGUGUCCUUCAUGGCCGCCGAGUGCCUGCUGGUGACCGUGCGCACAGGCCAUGUCAUCAUGCGGUACACCAUCCACCUGUGGGACCUGAACCACGAAGGCACCUGGGAGAGCAAGGGCACCUACGUGUACUACACGGACUUCGUCAUGGAGCUGGUGCUGCUGUCGCUGGACCUCAUGCACCACAUCCACAUGCUGCUCUACGGCAACAUCUGGCUCUCCAUGGCGAGCUUGGUGAUCUUCAUGCAGCUGCGCUACCUCUUCCACGAAGUGCAGCGCCGCAUCCGCCGCCACAAGAACUACCUGCGCGUCAUCGACAACAUGGAGGCCAGGUUUGCGGUGGCCACCCCGGAGGAGCUGGCGGCCAAUAACGACGACUGCGCCAUCUGCUGGGACUCCAUGCAGGCGGCGCGCAAGCUGCCCUGCGGGCACCUCUUCCACAACUCGUGCCUGCGGUCCUGGCUGGAGCAGGACACCUCGUGCCCCACCUGCCGCAUGUCGCUCAACAUCAGCGAGGGCGGGCGCGACCGCCAGAGGGAGCCGCUGGACGACAACAUGGGCCCCGGGCCGGGGGCCGAGGCCCGGCCCCACCUCAACCACCACAACCACUUCUUCCACUUCGACGGUUCCCGCAUUGCCAGCUGGCUGCCCAGUUUCUCGGUGGAAGUCAUGCACACCACAAACAUCAUGGGGAUAGCGCAGGCCAACAACUCCCAGCUCAAUGCUAUGGCCCAUCAGAUCCAGGAGAUGUUCCCGCAGGUGCCCUACCACCUGGUGCUGCAGGACCUCCAGCUGACGCGCUCCGUGGAGAUCACCACCGACAACAUCCUGGAGGGCCGAAUCCAGGUCCCCUUCCAGCCCACCGAGCGCCCCACCUUGCUGGGGGGCCCCGCUGCGGACGAGCCGGCAGGAGCCAGCGGGGGUGCGGAGGCCACACCCGGAGAGCCGGAGGACUUUGAGGUCAGGGGCAGCCGCUUCUCCAAGUCGGCCGAGGAGAGGCAGAGGAUGCUCCUGCAGAGGAAGGAGGAGCUGCUGCAGCAAGCACGCAGACGCUAUCUGAGCCGGAGCCCGGAGGAGGAAGAGGAGGAGAUGGACGACGAGGAGGACGACGACGGGCCGCCCUCUCUGGAGGAGGACGGCCCCGCCUCGGACUCGAUGACGCUGCGUCGGCGGAUGCUGGCCGCCGCGGCCGAACGGCGGAUGCAGAGGCAGUGGGACCCCGCCCCGUGAGGUCGGGCCCGGGAACGGGCCCGGCCCCCUCCCCCUUUCCCUUUGUGUCCGUAAGCCCGGACGGACCCCGCCUUUCCCCCCCUCCCUCCUGUCCCUCUCGCCCCACCUGGAGUUCCAUCUUAGAAUCGCUGAGCGAGAAGGAAAAUUAGUCUCGGUUUUCCAGCGUUGUCAAAUCUGCAGAGAAAGCGAACGCUUCGCGAGCAUGGAAUUUGGCUGAGCUGACUCUGCCGCGUGGUGUUUUACGUUGCCUUAGGAAGAAGAGACCUUUUUUUCGCGAAGGACUUGCGUAUGUCAUAGAGGUCAAAGCUUUAAUCCGUUUCUCUCCCUGACUAGAAACCGCACAGCAUUCAAAUCUACGGUUUCACAGCAUCUGAAAUUAUUAUGAGAGAACCCGCUGAAGUCUCAGUGUCGUUUCCGAUGGUGUUUUGAGCUUCGUUUCUGAUUUGAUUCGUCUGCAAGGCUUCACGUUGGCGAGAGGCGAACGAUUCCCGACCGCUUUUCGAGCUCAGAGCGGACGUUCUCCUUUUCGUCUGGAGUUCUCGCGUCUGUGAAGGGCGCGGGGUUUGAACCGUGCCCGUAGCGGCUCGAGUUUACUCGAAACAAACGCGUGCUCAGUUUGCACGAGCAUCGCGGCAUGCUGGCGGUAUGAGCGCGAACGUACUCGUUUGGCUUCAGGUUUUGUAUUUACGUGUUGUAUUAACAGGAAAAAUAACCGACGGAGAAGAUAAAAUGUGUUACUCGUUUUAGUUCAGGUUGAAGAGUUUUAGCAGUGACUUUGGGAAAAGCUGGAUGAAAUUUUGUUUCGUAUUAACUGUUGAGCGAGAACAUGCUUAAUACAUUUCAACUGGACCGGUCCCAGAGCAACAUUUCAUGUCAGCUGCGUGUGCGUCCUUGCCUGCCUGCUUGCGUGUAUGUGUGCGAGCGCGAGCGUGAGUGUGCGUGUGUAUGUGUGAGUGUGUGUGUGUAUAUAAUGUAAUUUAUAUGUGUAAAAAUAUACAUGUAUACACACACUUGUGUUUGAAGAUCAUUCUUACAGUUCUGCCUUUUAACAAGAGUGAAAUGGAACUGUAUUUACAGUGCAGUAGUCAGUAUUCAGUAUAUUUCCUGUUUAUAUUUUUAAAUCUAUGAGUGAGCUUCACCCUGCUUAUAAAGAAGUUACCAUGAUUAAAACAUGGUGUGAGUCAGAUUUUGAGUAUUGGGAUCCUUUCGUGGUCCAUUGGAGUAUAGAUCUUUUUUUCCUGUUAGUCCGGCGCAACGAUGAUUCUCGUCCUGCUGGCCUUCCUGUUGUGGUGUAGGUUCCGGUUCUAAUGGUUCCCAUUACCGUUUGAAUACUCGGAGAGCAGAGCUGUUUUCCUUUGCUCUGGAGCAGUGGUGACCAACCCUGCUCCUGGAGAUCUACCAUCCUGUGGAUUUUCACUCCAGCCCUAACAAAGCGCAAUUCAUUCAACAGCUAGAGAGCUUGUUGAGCUACCAAUUAGUAGAGUCAGGUGUGCCAAAUCAGGGUUGAAGUGAAAACCAACAGGACGGUAGACCUCCAGGAGCAGAGUUGAUUACCACUGCUCUAGAGAACACCGGUUUUAGGAUUUGAGUGGUUUUCGUACUUUGCCAUUUUUACAAACUCUAGGCAGACUCGUUUUUAUAUGGUAGUCACCUCACCAGCAGUCUGCAAGUGAUUCUUUCCGUUAUAGCCUGCCACAAGGUAGCAGUGCCCCCCCCCCCACCCCACCAAAAUAGUUUAAUAAGCUACAUCAGUCUAAAUCAUUGUUGUAUCCAUAUAGGCUAACUCUGAAAAGAUUUAGGUACUUGUUUGCUGUUACAAAAAGACCAUCUCAAGACUCGUGUGGCUUGUGAAACUUUUGCUACCGCUGAUUGUCUGGUCUGCCAAGCUAAGUGGCAGCAUCUAGAGCCAGGAUGUUACGCAAUCACUGAUAUUGUAUAAAACAUUUUGUUUUUAUUUUUCAAUUUUUUUAUUUUCUUAGGGUGAGGGGCAGUUGGCAGUAUACAAUAAAUAUGAUUAAUUUAUUAAAUCGGUUCAUUGUAGUGGUUCGGGGGAGGUUUUGUUUUAAUGUAUUGUAACAUAUGCUUAGGCUUAUCAGGAUUUAGGUUUUAUCAGCCUACUGUCUCACAUGCAAGACACAACAGGUAAAAAAUUUAAAUCAAUAAAUUUCAGUCAUUGCUCAGCUGAUAGCAUCAUGUGAAUGGAAAGAAGUUCUUAACUAUUGGUCUUUAACUUUUGAAAUUACUUUAGUCAGUGAUUUAUACAUCAUUUGACCAAGUGGAAUUGUUUGAACUCUGGAAUUAUUUGAACUCUGGGCAAGUAUUGCUUAAGAUUUAGACGUACAAUUGCGACGGUUGCCCUGUUUUAUCUGUUUAAGGAAUACUCCGUUUUUAAAAUUUGUGCAAGAUUAUGAUUCGUUAUUUAUAUUAUCGGUUAUUUAUAGGAGCCUGAUUGUAUGGCAUAAUCCUGAAGAUGAGCACCCGAUAAAUCUCAAAAUAUCAAGAAUGAAAUAUGAUUGGUGAAAUCGAAGCAAAACCUGUAUCCUUGUAAGCCUAUUCAUGAUAAAAAUGUAUUUAGUUUAAGUGAGCCAUUUUUGUUCAGUUGCACAUUUUCAUCUGUAACAUUUUAAGAGGUUAGUCGUGCAUGUUGAGUUGAUUAUGUUGUUGUAUUGGGAGAGGGGAAGGAUGCAAUCUUACCCUCCCCUCCCCUGAGAGCCAAUAAUCAAUUUAAAAAAAAAACAGUGGGGGGCAAUGGUGUAGCAAGUGUGGUCCUAUUCGGCAAGAGCGAACUCCGUGCAGUCAACCAACUGCGAGGCCUGCGUGCACACAAGCAGUCUGGAAUUCAGGUCUCGCAUACAGUACCCCGCUUCCCUCAACACCUUUCAUAUUGAGGUGUCACUGGGAACGAAGCGGCUGCUUGGCACACACAAAACGGUCCCCCAUAUUGGUCACAUGUAGCACUUGAUAUGACUCUUGAUAUAAAACCGGAUAUCAGGAACUGUGUAUACCAGUACCAUUAGUGCUUGAUUCAGUUGCAUUGCAAUAUGUGUGCAGUUUGUAUUUUUUGAACACAUUAUUGUUUUGGGAAUUUUGUAGGUUUGACUAUGCACAUACCCAGAUUGAGAAGCUUUGGGGUGGGAGCGUGGGGGGUGGUGGUAAAUUUCAUGAAUGACUUUGCAUGUUACACGUAUUUCCAAGGAGCUUUCUGCAGACACAUGAUUUGUCGGUCUUAACCGUGUCUGUAAACAAUGGGAUUGUAAGGCAGUCUCUGUUCUUUGGUUGCAUGGUCACACCUCUAAACAGUAUUUAUUCACCUUGCAAUAUCAUUAAUGUCCACCAGAUCUGAACCUCCUUCAUUUUGAAUAUUAAGAGUGCGCUUUGGUUUCAUACCUGUAACAAUUAAUAUACAAAUUUGAGUAAUUUAUCGGAUCGCUUUUUAUACACACAAAUCAUUUUGUGCCUCUAUUCAGUAGUGGAUGAAUGACUGAUUUUGUAAAUAAUUUUGUAAUGAAGACUGUAUUAUAGAUGUGAAAUUACUGUACAAAAUAAAACUGAGCUACUAUAGAAGCUUUUAAGCAUA